AUGGAGUUCAUGACCUCCCUCCAGGGCGGCUUGGACGAGCAAAAGCCAUCACUCUUCGAGCUGCUAUCCGAGCAACAACUCGGCGCCCUCAUACCACCUUCGCUGCGCUAUCUACUUGCCGUCGCAACCCACAGACAUCCUCGAUAUCUUCUACGAGCGCUCAACUCCUUCGACGAGCUAUACGCGCUCCUAUCGCUGGUCGCUGAGCGCUAUUACCUCAAGAUCUACGGCGGAGGCUUCACAGAGAACUUCUAUGGCCUCAAACGAGAGCGCGUACUACGGAUCAGAGGAGGCGAGAUCAGGAGAGCACAGCUUGGAGCGCCUCAUGAAGUGCGCGAGACGCUCAAGCUUCGGAACAAUGAUGUGUGGAAGAACCUGGCGGUCAUGGUAGCGCUGCCGUAUGUCAAGAGGAAGCUGGAUGAGUCCUAUGAUAUCCAUGCGGCAUCGAUCAAUAUGCUGGGUCCGGCUUAUCAGGACCGGGAGAGGUGGCCAGAGGAGGGCACAUUGCGACAACGCAUUAUGUGGUUGUACAAGUGGUUCUUGAGGAAGAUCUACCCCAGCGUGAAUGCGGCGUACUACUUCUCCUUGUUGGCAUUCAACCUGGCGUAUCUCUUCGAUGGGUCGAAGCAUCAUUCGCCUUGGCUUUGGCUCAUAGGAACGAGGAUGCGCCGACUCAACGAGGCAGAUGGCAGAGCGAUAGCUCUGGCGACCCAGCCAAAACCCGCGCCAGCUGGACCAGGAGUACGGCCCGGACAGACGAGGUCUAUCUUCAGCCCUCGCAUGAUGACCGAGACAGUGUAUCCGCGGUUGCUGUCAAGCUUGAAGAUCCUACUUCCAACUUCAAUAUUCGCUCUGAAGUUUUUGGAGUGGUGGCACGCAUCAGACUUUGCCCGGCAGCUGUCAAGAAAGGCGAACGAAGGCCUCGAGCUGCCACCGCCAGUCAUCUCUGGCUUGCUCGCGCUGACCAAGCAGAAGGCAAAGCCUACUGCGAACGAGGAGAAGGAGAAGAGCACGCUGCGCCGCGAUUCUGGCUUGGGCAGCCCACCAGUAUCGUCAACAAACCAUCUCCCGAUCCUCACCGUCCCAGCACCUGCACGCACCACCAAUGAGAGUUCAAAUACCACCUCUGUCUGUCCCAUUUGCCUCGCGGACAUCCAGACCGCUACAGCGGCCCAGACCGGCUUCGUGUACUGCUACACAUGUAUCUACAAGUGGGUCGACGGCACGCAUCCCCGUCAAGAAGCUUUCAUGGAGGGCUCUGGUGACGAGGAAGGGGCAAAGGGCUGGGUGGAAGAAGGCGGUGGCAGUCGAGCCGGGAAGUGGGAGAGCGGUGCCGGACGAGAUGCGGUCACAGGGCGAAGGGUUCUCGGUGGCACGAGUGGGCUGAGACGAGUUAUGGUCUGA